AUGGUGAUCCAACUGAUUCAAUCUACACAAAAAUCAUUCUUAUACAGAAAUGCACCAAAACCGUUAGUGGUAUUUACAAGUGAACAUCGUUCUGGACAAGAAAGCAGUCUGAAGACAAAACAAAUAAAGAAAGACGUUAUUGCUGCCAUUGAAAUUGGAUACACCCAUUCCGGAUAUGUCUUUUGUUUGGGAAAACAGUAUGCUGUGAAGGGAGUAGGUCUAUAUUGUCCCAACUGGGAAGCAAGAGACAAAGGCGUAGUUACCUUUAAAACUUCAACGGCGAUUUUGUUCCCACCUGAUAAAUCUAUCCAUAGUAUUGGCUACGAAGCAGAGGAAUAUAUCAGCAGAAUUCAAAGUGAAUCAGAUUCUGAAAAAUGGUUCUUUUUCAAAAACUUCAUGGUGGAGUUUUAUAAACUCAAGAAUACAGAUGUUGAAGAUUUCAAGAUAAAAGAUUUCUGCCAAAAUAAUGUUACAAUGAAAGCAGUCGAUGUAAUAUCUAGCUUUAUUAACCAAAUGAAAGACAAACUGAUGAAUAAAUUAGCAAGACAGCAACUAGGGUACAACGACAAUGAUAUACAGUAGAUGUUAACAACACCUGGGACUUUGGAAC